UUUCUGUGUUUGCUAGUUUUUGCAAUUAAACAAGGCAGCCCGCUAGAGCCCGAAGGCCCGUAGUUACAAGCCAGAAAUUCCUCGCUUAAUUAUCCAUGGAAGGGCGCCAGUUUGGGUAUCUGGAGGGCUUCGAAAGUCAGACUAAUUUUUUGGAUUUCAAUUCUACCCCCAAGAAUCCAAAGUUUUGAAAACAAAAAAAUAAAAAAUCCCUAGGUAGAAUACUCCACCAUUCUCAUUGCAGUCAUCUGCUUCUCGAAUAGGGUAGAGCAUCAGUCUUUUAUUUUCCAUCAAAGAAGGUGAUCCGUUGGCUGGAGCGCCAGGGCCACUUGGAGACGGGUUUUCGGCAGAAUUCCUGACGUGGUACAGCCUGAGGGCGACGGCUCAGGAGGUACGCAUUGUCAAGGUAUUGGACUAAGUAAGUUUUGUAUGCCUAUAAAAAUUGAAAAUUUUGAAAAAUUUCUUGGUGGCUUGCUCAAUAAGAAAAUCCUAUUGGCCACAUGUUUUCAAUAUUUAAUUGAAGCAAAAUCGAUAGUUUAUAGACAAUUCAUCUGAGAGUUCGCGGCGAAAUCUAGUGCUCUUUUUGCAUUACAUACCUGUGUUUUUCAAUCGUGAUUUCCAGUAAUCUAAUGGGCGAUCCUUUGUGUAUCUGAAGCAAAACAUGUUCAAUAUUGGUAGUUGCCGGUGAUCGAGAACGGACGGCGCAGAUGGCAGAGCAGCGGUUUCUCUUUGAAAGUCACCAAUUUUUUUACCUCCAAAGUGCCAGUUUUUAGUGCGAAAAUGGGUUCUUGAAGCAGAUAACGUGAAUAUCUGAAAAAAGGGUUCUUAUGUCUUUAUCAAUUUGAAAUUCAGGAAAUUCAGGAAAUUCACUGAUUAAUGGAGGAGGUGAAACCAAACACAAUUAUGUAUUUGGACGUGUUUAAUGUUGUUAAGCAAACAUUCAAUUAGACUAAUUAUCAAGCCUUUUCAAUAAUGGGCCUUCCAGUUAAUUAGUCUUAAAAUUAAAAUCUUAUAUUUACGUUACCACCUCUUAAUUUUAGUGUAUGUAAAUUUGAGCCCACAGCGAAAACUAAAACCCAUCGCCUCGCUUUAUAUAGGUUGCAGACCACUCGCACAGAUCGAAACCGCACCGCAGCAAAGAAAAGGUGAUAAGUAUUCUCUUUUUUUUUUGCCGCCAUCGCGAAUCUGUUAUUGUUCAAUUGAAUAAAUACAAAAAAAAAAAAAACGAUUGUUUUACUCUCAGUUGUACUAUGGCCUGCUUCCAAUCUGCCGUCUUCACAUUGCGGACUGUUUACCCCAACGCCGUCAUCUGGUCCGAAGAAAAUUUGGUGGCGGUGGCGUGCGGCGCAGCUGUUAUAAUUCUGAAUCCUCAUAAUCCUAAAGUUCGAGGUGUGAUUGCCGUUCCAUCUAGCAAGCGCUUUCCCACUGGGAAGAUUGAUGAUGAUGGCAGAGGUGCGGAUUUGCUAAAUGGGUGCUUGCUUCCUUAUCAUUUAUCGCGGGAAACUCGUCCUUGUGCUCGGUCGAUUUCUUGGUCUCCUGCAGGUCUUGCUAGCAAUGCUGGUUGUUUACUUGCUGUUUGCACCACUGGUGGGCAUGUGAAGGUUUAUCGCCGUCCACAUUGUUCUCUGGAGUGGGUAGAGGUUGUGAACAUAUCUGAAGCGCUAUAUAAUUACUACAAGAACACCAAUUUCGGAGAGUAUCAAAUUGUACCCUCAGAGGGUUCUGAUGUUAUACCAAGACAAGAUACUGCAGAUCAUAAAUGUACUUAUGGUACAUUUUUGAGAAAGAGUCACAAACAUAGAAGACAAAAAGCAGCUGAUAUAGUAACAGGAGACCAUGGAAAUUUAGGAGAGAAGAACACUUUGCAAAUUGUUCCUGUCUCAUUCUAUGAAGGGAAGCCUUCGGAGGAAGUGACUGAAGAAUGUCUCCCAUUAAUAUCUGCACAGCAGUACGCUUCUCGCAAUGAAAUGCUAAUGUCACUUAUUGUUGCUUGGUCUCCAAUUCUGGAGACAUCUGGGAACGAUGUUGGUUUUCCUUCUAGCUCUUCUAACUGCUGCUCCAUUCUUGCUGUUGGUGGAAAGUGCGGUAGAAUUUCAUUGUGGAGAGUUCGUGCACCCGAGUGCUAUUCUAGUGGUAAUGCUGGGCACUCAGGUGAGGUUUCACUUGUUGGCCUUGUGAAGGCACAUGAUAGUUGGAUUACCGCAAUUAGUUGGGUUGGAUAUGGGUCUAAUGUUUCAAAAGCCCAGUUUGCAUUGGCUACUGGAAGUUCUGAUGGUAGUGUGAAGAUCUGGCUGGUAAAUGGUGAAAAUUUACUCAAGGCAUCAGAAGUUAGCAAUGAUUCAUUGUCUUUGUUGAAGGAGGUUGUGACUGUUGAUUCUUCUAUGAUCUCUGUACUUUCACUUACUGUGCCUGCACAAUCACCAUGGAAAUUGUUUUUGGCUAUUGGCAAAGCAUCUGGAUCCCUUGAAUUGUGGAUCGUUGACACAUCCAUUGACAAAUUUAACAAUGUUGGCUGUUAUAAUGCACAUGACCGUACAGUUGCUGGUUUAGCUUGGGCUUUUGAUGGACGUUGUUUGUACAGCUGCAGCCAGAACAACUCGUUGAAAAGCUGGGUUUUUGUCGGAGAUUCUUUGUCUGAAGUGCCAGUUCCCUCUAGUAGUCCUGGUUUGAAGAGCUCCGCAGAUUUUGCUCAUGCAUUAGACUCUUGCUUUGGUCUGGCGAUAUCCCCUGGAAAUUUGGCAGUUGCUGUGGUUCGCAGAUAUGAUGUUGAUCUAUUAGAUCCAAUGUAUGAGGGAAGAUCUCAUAAAGCUUCAGUUGAGUUCCUUUGGGUUGGAGGCCAACAAUUGGACCCUUCUGUUAUUACAUCUUCAGAGAUGAAAAAGGAAACAUUUCCUGGAUUCCCCGAGAAAGAACUGAUUUGGUGGGAAAAGAAUAUACUAUGGUGUUUGAACCAGUAUGAGAACCUCAACAGGCUUCUGAACAUUUUGGAUAUUGUGGCAGCUCUCCGAGCCUUCAAGCUAUCUUCACCCAAGUAUGUAGAGCAUAUCCUGCUGAAAUGGCUGGCAUCUUGCUUAGGAUCCGAGUUUGAAAUUUCUUGUAAAUUAUUGUCUGAAGCGCUUAAACUUCUGCCCAUGCUCUCAUCCCGUCAGUUGCACCUCAUAAACAUUAUCAGCAGGCAAGUCAUGCUUAAAGAAUUCAUAACAGAGAGCAUGAGUGGCAAAGAGCAUGUAUUAGGUUUAGAAGGCUUAAGUGGCGACAAGAAGGAGCACAUAAAUUUGUGGAUGGACUUGCUACUUAGCUGUGAAAAUGAACUCUUGUUGAGGCUUGUCAGUAUUAGUACUUCUUCCAUUUUAAGGCCACCAUCCAACUCAUCAGAAGAAUUUUCUGGAGUUGGGGUUGAUGGAUUGCCACAGAUGGAGCAGUGGGUUUCGCAAAAUGUGAAGGAUGAUUACAAAUUCCUUGCAGCAGAAAUUAGAGAGGUUAAGAAGAGGAAACUAGAGGAAACCUCAAACCAAGUGCACGAGCGCUGCUACUUCUGUUCAGCAGUUGUGCCAUUUGAAUCAACAGAGUAUGCAACUUGCUCUGGAGUGAUAAGCAACAAUGGAGUUAAUCAAACACACAAGCUUCAAAGGUGUGCAGUUACUCUGCGGACUCUACCUACUAAUCCCUCCUGGUACUGUAUGUGUUGCCAGAGGCGGGCUUCAAAGUUGGCGCCUAGCAUUUUGUUUGCCAUGCCCAGGUACCCUCCCAAUUUCAAGUCUUUCGUAGAGUCUUCUGCUCACACGCAUACCUCGACACCAUGCUGUCCCUUUUGUGGCAUACUUCUACAUAGAUCACAACCACAAUAUUUUCUCUCACCAUCCCCAGUAUAAAGUAUAAACCAGAGUCGAAAUCUUGUAAUUGCAAAGUUUUGCUCAUAGAGCAUUAUGCUGAUUUAUGAAAAUGGAAUCAUGGGAUCAAAGUAGAGAGAAUAUGCUGCUCAUGUCACAUUCGUAUAGGUUGUGGAAGUCAUGGAAAAUACAGUUGAAUACAUUAUGUACAGCAUACUGAUUUUAAUUAUGCUAAGUUGCUUUUUUUGAGUGAUUAA